CGGGCCCGGCCCCACGUGCUCGGCGGGGCAGUGACAGCGAUGGAGGCGGCGGGAGGCGGCGGGACCCCCGCACCGGGACCGGGACCGGCACCGGGACCCGGCCGGGCCCGCCCGGCACCGCCCCAGCCCCCGCCCCCCGCGCAGGCACAGCCCAAGGGCCGCGAGCUCUUCAGGACCCAGCGCAAGGAGUCCGAGGGCUCCGUGGACUGUCCCAACCUGGAGUUCGAGUACGGGGAUGCCGACGGGCACGGCGCCGAGCUGGCAGAGCUCUACAGCUACACCGAGGAGCCUGAGCUGAGCCACAACAGGAGAUGCUUCGAGGAGGAUUUCCAUGCUCAAGUGCCGGGCAGGAGGUGGCUGGAGCUGGACGGGGCCCAGCAGAAGGCCUUUGUCAUGCGCCUGCUGGACGGGCUGGAGGUGGUCAACAGGGACAGGAGGCUGCGGGUGGCCCGGGCCAUCCUCUACCUGGCACAGGGUGUGUUUGGGGACUGCGAUAACGAGGGCGAUGUCCUGCACUGGUCUCGGCACAACAGCUUCCUCCUGUACCGCCUGGGCACCUUCUCUGCCUUCCUGGAGCUGCUCAACAUGGAGAUCGAGAACAGCCAGGCCUGCAGCAGCGCCCUGCGGAAGCCGGCCAUCUCCCUGGCCGACAGCACGGAGCUCAGGGUCCUGCUCAGUGUCAUGUACCUGAUGGUGGAGAACAUCCGUGUGGAGCAGGAGGCGGAUCCGCCCGAGUGGAAAACCUGCCGGGAGACGUUCAGGAUGGAGCUGAGUUUCCCUGUGCACACGGAGGAGCCCUUUGCUCUCCUGCUCUUCACGAUGGUGACCAAGUUCUGCAGCGGCCACGCUCCACACUUCCCCAUGAAGAAGGUCCUGCUCCUGCUCUGGAAGGUGCUCCUGUUCACGCUGGGCGGGUUCGAGGCCCUGCAGGCCAUGAAGGUUCGGCGGCGGGAGGAGCUGGGGCUGCCCCCCCUGCCCGAGGACAGCAUCCAGGUGGUCCGGAGCAUGAGGGCGGCCUCUCCUCCCACCUACUCCAUCGAGCUCGUGGAGCAGCAGCAGCAGCAGAAGCGGGGCCACCGCAGCCGCAGGCCCCUGGUGAAGCAGGACAGCUUGGACAUCUACAACGAGAGAGACCCCUUCAAGAACGACGAGGCAGGAGUGGAGGAGGAGGAGAACGACGACGUGGACAGCGGGAUCGAGGGGGAGCUGGACCUGAUGGAGCGGGACACGAUCGUCCCCCCCCUGCCCCCCCAGCGCCUGCCCAUCGAGAGGGUGUCCUUCCCCAAGGGGCUGCCCUGGGCCCCCAAAGUCAGACAGAAGGACAUCGAGCAUUUCCUGGAAGCAAGCAGGAACAAAUUCAUCGGAUUCACGCUGGGACAGGACACCGAGACCCUGAUCGGGCUCCCACGGCCCAUCCAUGAGAGUGUGAAGACCCUGAAGCAGCACAAGUACGUGUCCAUCUCGGAUGUCCAGAUCAAGAACGAGGAGGAGCUGGAGAAGUGCCCCAUGUCUCUGGGGGAAGAGGAAGUCCAAGAAACGCCCUGUGAGGUCCUGUAUCGAGCCAUGUUGUACAACCUCCCCCAGUACAUGAUAGCCCUGCUGAAGAUCCUCCUGGCUGCUGCCCCCACCUCCAAAGCCAAGACUGACUCCAUCAACAUCCUGGCGGACGUGCUGCCCGAGGAGAUGCCUGUCACCGUCCUGCAGAGCAUGAAGCUGGGCAUCGACGUCAACAGGCACAAGGAGAUCAUCGUCAAGAGCAUCUCGGCCUCGCUGCUGCUGCUCCUCAAGCACUUGAAGCUCAACCACAUCUACCAGUUCGAGUACGUGUCCCAGCACCUGGUGUUUGCCAACUGCAUCCCUCUGAUCCUGAAGUUCUUCAACCAGAACAUCAUGUCCUACAUCACUGCCAAGAACGGGGUCUCCGUCCUGGAUUAUCCUCAUUGCACAGUCCAUGACCUGCCCGAGCUCACGGCAGAAAGCCUGGAAGCUGGAGACAACAACCAGUUCUGCUGGAGGAACCUGUUCUCCUGCAUCAACCUGCUGAGGAUCCUCAACAAACUGACCAAGUGGAAACACUCGAGGACAAUGAUGCUGGUGGUGUUCAAGUCGGCGCCGAUCCUGAAGCGGGCCCUGAAGGUGAAGCAGGCCAUGCUGCAGCUCUACGUGCUCAAGCUGCUCAAGAUCCAGACCAAGUACCUGGGGCGCCAGUGGAGGAAGAGCAACAUGAAGACCAUGUCGGCCAUCUACCAGAAGGUGCGGCACCGCAUGAACGACGACUGGGCCUACGGCAACGACAUCGACGCCAGGCCGUGGGACUUCCAGGCCGAGGAGUGCACCCUGCGGGCCAACAUCGAGGCCUUCAACAGCCGCCGCUACGAGCGGGCGCGGCCCCCCGAGUUCGCCCCGGUGGACAACUGCCUGCAGAGCGUGCUGGGCCAGCGCCUCGACCUGCCCCGCGACUUCCACUACUCCUACGAGCUCUGGCUGGAGCGGGAGGUGUUUUCCCAGCCCAUUCGCUGGGAGGAGCUGCUGCACUGCCAGUGACGCGGGCCUGCCGCAGCCAGGCCUCGCCAGGCCUCGCCAGGCCUCGCCAGGCCUCACCAGGCCUCACCAGGCCUUGCCAGGCCUCAUGGGGCUACAGGCAUGGGGGAAGAGGUUGGUUUGGACCAGGGGGGUCUCAAGUGCUCUUCCCCAAGAGACCAAACCUCUCCUUGUCUACCCAGACGCUGCCAAGGUGCCACCUUUCUGGAGGCCACCCCUUUGCUGUGACUUCUCGGAGCGCUUCUCGCGCCACGGAGCGGCCCCGGCGUCGAGGGGUUGUUGUGGCCUUUUGUUUGUCCCAGUUUUCCCGGUUUUUGGGGUUUAGGAGCCCGUAAUAAGCUCACUCACGUGGUCUUUGCCACAGCCCGAGGGCUGUCCCGCAGCUGGGGUCACGCCUGUUGGUUUGGUGUCACUGUUCCCCCUGGCUGGGAAAGGUUUCCAUCUCUGGAAUUCCUCCUGGCUGGGAAAGGUUCCCGUCUCUGGAAUUCCCCCUGGCCAGGAAAGGUUCCCAUCUCUCCCAAAUUCCUCCUGGCUGGGAAAGGUUCCCAUCUCUCUUGAAUUCCCUCUGGCUGGGAAAAGUUCUGGUCUCUCCCGAAUUCUCCCUGGCUUGGAAAGGUUCCUGUCUCUCCCAAAUUCCUCCUGGCUGGGAAAGGUUCCAUCUCUGGAAUUCCCUCUGGCUGGGAAAGGUUCCCGUCUCUCCUGAAUUCCCCCUGGCUGGGAAAGUUCCUGUCUCUCCCUAAUUCCCCCUGGCUGGGAAAGGUUCCCAUCUCUCCUGAAUUUUCCCUGGCUGGGAAAGGUUCCUAUCUCUCCCGAAUUCCUCCUGGCUGGGAAAGGUUCCCAUCUCUCCCAAAUUCCUCCUGGCUCAGAAAGGUCCCCAUCUCUCCCGAAUUUCUCCUGGCUGGGAAAGGUUCCCAUCUCUCCUGGAAUUCCUCCUGGCUGGGAAAGUUUCCCAUCUCUCCCAAUUUCCCCCCAGCUGUGCCUCCCUUGUUUUCAUUUCUUCCCUUACGGCUCCUGAUGUGCUUCCAACGCCACCGUGGUGGUGACUGACGGGAUCCCUGGGAAUGCCUCCAACCAAGCUGACUUGGCCAACAUUCCCUGCUGUCCUUGGCAUCCAUGACCCAACUCCCAGGGGGUCGGUUCCACAAGUGACGGUCCGUUCCCUUCCCCCUGCUCCGCUUCCCUCGCCGUUCCCUUCCAUCCCGUUUUUCCAGGAGCGCCCCCACGCCUGCGCUGGGCGGUGUUUCGGGUUGGUUGUCUCUUCCUCCUGGUUGUUUUUCAAGGAUAAUUCCUCCAGCACUGGGAUUUCAGGUUGCUCUUUAAGCCCCUGGAGGAGACAGGGAACCACCACACCAAACAACCGGAUUUUCACAUGGAUUUUGGGGGAAUCUGCUUUGGGGAAGUGCUUUGCUUGACAGUUUGUUGCCGUAACGUGAGGAGAAGCGGGGACACUGCGGCUCACAGUUUUCCUAAUGAACAGCACACGAAGCUGUAAAUUUUUUCUGAGUCUGGUAACUUAAAUUAAUACUUAAAUUAAAUAAUAAAAGCUACACUGGGGUAAGGCCGUGCUGCAUGAGGGUGGCAUUUGUCAGAGCAUUCUGUGUUAGCCCAGAGGGCUGUGCCGUUAUCAAUAAAUCAAACCCACCAGUUUUGUUAGGACGAGAUUUUGUGGGUUUUUUUGCUGUGGAGCUGCCCUGGGAAUGUUCCUUCGUGGGGUUUGUCCGAGGUUUUGUUCCUGGGAGCAGCAUUAAAGCCUCUAAAAACCUU